AUCUAAAAGUAGACAGUGAAGAAGACCUGUUAAGACCAGUGAUAUGAAUGGCAUAAGCAUCAUUCUUCUCACCUGGUUCAUGGCUCUGGUUCAUUCCCACAUUGUUAUGGAAGAGAAAACAGAGAGGACCAAUGCUGGAAGUGCUGUACGGCUUCCUGAGCUUCACCCACCAAUAUCCAUUGUAGAUUUAACAAAGUCGUCUCGAAGAGUGAGCAGGGUGGAUGCAGAAAGAAAUAAACUGGCCAAGCGGAAAGCUGUUCCCAAAAAGAAGAAACACCCACCCCCACCUUCAAAUUGUGUACCGCUUCAGUCUAGCUGUAAAUCUCCUGCACCACCUUGUUGUGAGCCCUGCGCAAUCUGUUACUGCCACCUCUUCCAGCUGGUCUGCUACUACAAAAUGGGCUACCCGUACUGCUGA